AUGGACGCCGAAGUGCGGAAAAGCAAGAAAGAGCCUGCUGUGUGCCCAACAGAUGAUGAGACGAUAGCACCGAAGGGGAAGAAAUAUCAUAAACAGAGCCUAGAGUAUGUUUGGCGGACUGGAUUGGCAGGAGGGUUGGCAGGUUGUGCGGCCAAGACAGUUGUCGCGCCCCUUGAUCGAGUCAAGAUCCUCUUUCAGGCCUCGAAUCCCCAGUAUAUGAAGUACACUGGAAGCUGGUUUGGUGUGGCGACUGCUAUGAAGGACAUAUACAAAGAUGAAGGACCCAGAGGACUCUUUCGAGGACAUUCAGCAACUCUCCUUCGAAUCUUCCCAUAUGCUGCAAUUAAAUUUCUUGCCUACGAGCAAAUCCGAUCCGUUUUCAUCCCGUCUGCAGCACAUGAGACACCAAUCCGAAGAUUACUAUCCGGAUCCCUCGCAGGCGUCACAAGUGUAUUCUUUACUUACCCUCUAGAAGUCAUACGAGUCCGCCUUGCAUUCGAAACCAAACGUGAUUCCCGAUCUUCACUCUCAGCAAUCUGCAAAAGAAUAUACAACGAAUCACCCCCACCGCCCAGACCAAGCGCGAAUACACCGGCGGUGGUUACCAUGACUGCUGAUGCAGUGGGAGCAGUUACAAGGAGUAUUGGGUUAUCAAACUUCUACAGAGGAUUUAGCGCCACGAUUAUGGGCAUGAUACCAUACGCCGGGAUGUCUUUCCUUACACACGAUACUGCUGGCGACGUUUUGCGGCAUCCGGCUGUUGCGCGCUAUACUACUCUCCCCAAACCCGAGGGUUUUGCACCACAUAAACCACCACCUCUCCGAUCAUGGGCUGAAUUAUUAGCUGGUGGAAUUGCAGGCUUGGUAUCCCAGACAUCAGCAUAUCCGCUUGAAGUAAUUAGGCGAAGGAUGCAAGUUGGAGGUGCCGUGGGUGACGGACACAGAUUACAUGUUAAAGAAACAGCAAAGUUAAUCUUCAGAGAGCGCGGUUUCACUGGAUUCUUCGUUGGACUGAGCAUUGGGUACGUCAAGAUUGUACCAAUGGCAGCGGUCAGCUUCUAUGUUUAUGAGAGAGGGAAGACGUGGUUGGGGAUUUAG